UCGCGCCAGGAACGCCCGCGUGGAUUCGAAUCCUCGGUGUCUCUCCGUAAAUUUUUAAUAUCGAUGUUUGAACGCGCCUUCUUGACACAAUAAAACACUUAUUCGAUAAAUUGCCUGUAUAGUAUGUUUUUUAUUAAUGUGUGAAGGUAUUUGUAUGUACAUGGAUUAUAGUGUGAGUGCGUUUUAACGUUGUGUCUUUAAGUUUUGAAGUAUAUGGUAAAGAUCUCUGGGCGGGCGUACUGAAACUUAUUCAUCAGGGAGAAGCGGCAUGGCAUGAGCGGCCGCGUGGGCGCGACAUGCGGCGAGAGCCGCUCGCGCUGCCCGCCGCCGUCGCUCUUGCGCUAUCCUUACUUCUGCACUUCGUGGACGCUGGUUCGAUGGGUCCGGGUGUGCCCGAAAAUAUAACAGUUACAUUUUUGAACCCUACCACGGUACGCGUCUCUUGGUCAACGACGGCGGAUCUCGUGGAAAAGUAUGACGUCACAUACAAGCCUUCAGACGCUAGUUACAGAGUGGUGUUGGAGGUGGCUGGCAAUUCAGACGCAGUUAUUUUAAGUGGCCUGGAGGCAGAUACGCAAUAUCAGGUGACGGUCGCUGCUCUUUGGGGUGGCCAUAAGUAUAGAAGCAGGCCUAUUGUCUUCCGCACGCUGGAGCCUCCGCGGACGUCGCCUCAGCAGGAUGGGGGGUUGGGAACACCCCGCUCCUCAGUGUCACCGCCUGACCCUUCACCCACAUUUCCAACGAUACGAGGCGUGGAGAUUGGCAUCGUAGUAUUAGUACUUAUUGUAUGGAUAGGUGCUAUCGUUCUGUUUUUCAAUCGAUGGGGAAAAAUCCGUAUGUUGCUACCGUAUCAACCGGAUUACAAGCAAGAACAAUUGAAGGUGCCAGGAAGCAGCGCUUUAGCUGCUGCAACAGCUGGCGGCACUUGUGGAGCUCAUUCGGCACCUUCAGCAUGUUCGCACAUGCGCUGGUCCCACACACACACUCAAAGCCUGGAGUGUGAGGAGCGCCUAUUAGCACGGUGUAAUCGUCCGCGCGUCAACUCCGCUAUCUUCGUGUCCGCCGAGCCCACUAGCUUCGCAGGCUUUGAUCCAGGGGAAUUCCUCAGGCGACACGGGUCGCAAUCGAAAUUGUGCCGUAAAGCAAGAUCGGCGGAUAACAUACCGCUUACGACAAUGAGCGAUUCAUCAGAAAGGCUUUGUAAAGUCAAGGCACCGCGAGAAGAAACUAUCAACGAAGAAGCAAAAUCAGAUGACAGUGGUAGUGUGGACACGGUAAAGCACUUCGGCUUACCGAUCCUUUCAGUAUCGGGCCCUUCCCCCCCAGACGAGGACUACGAUCAAAUAGAUGAGUAUCUGUAGCAUUUCCACACAAGUUUCCAGCUGAAAUACGUGCUGGAAAAAAUGAGGCCCCCUUGGCCGAGUCCCGCACAAAGUCCUUAAAAGAAAGGACUGAUUUCAGCAUCGUUUUCGCACUGAACUUCAUGAACAAAAUCGUGUUUAUCUUUGAGUGUGUGCUGUGCUAAAUUAUUUUAAAAUUUUGUAUUAUAAGACCGUUUUAAAACAUCGCAAUUUAGCUUGACAACGAAUUAUGAAGACUUCCUGAAGUCACAUGUAAGCAUGAUGUGUAUCGCUAUUUAAAGUGUGUCUUGAUAAGGGACCAUAGACGAUGGGCGUUUCGUCAUCUAUUCUAAUGGUUUUACUGUAGGUCAUAAUAACCCUAUCUCUAUUGAGUGUAUUCAUUAAUCAGUAAUAUAAUUCUUAUUGCAACUUAUAUCUAUUAAGAUCUGCACAAUAAAUAAACGAUCUGUCAACAUUUUUACUGUGCCACUUUUAAUAAUACUAUCUAUAAUUUAAACAAUGUCUAUAAUGGUAUUUUCAUAAGCAAUUUUCGUGUAAGUAUCAAAAUAAGUAGUGCAAUGUAAUAAAGUAUCUUCAAUGUCUUUUCUAGUAUUUUAGUUUUAGAACAUUUCAAUGGAAAUGCAUAAUUAUCGUGUAAUAGUUUUCGAUUGUCUAUACAUAGAUGUAACUGCAUUUGUCUUGAAGACUAAAUAUAUCUAUGUAGUAAAAAUUAGCGUAGAUUUGAAGGUUGAACUUUGGUCCAAUGAAUUGUAUUAUCUGCACACUGAUGUCUUAGAUAAAUAAGUAAUGACUUCUAUAAGAUAACAUCCGAUUGUAAAUGAUCGGUAUGUUCAUUCAUCUAUAUUGAAUAGUCAAAUGGAUGUUUAUGAAUUCAUUAUUUAAAUAAAUAAUAAAUCUAAUUAUUAUGAAUUGUAUCUUAACUGUAAUUAUUCUAUUAAUAAUAAGUCAAUUAAUUCGUAUAUUGUAGAUAAAGAAAGUUAUUUGCGAAAUGGCACUAAUUAAGUAUAUUUGAAAAUUACACAUAAUUUAUGUAUUCUUAUAAGAUUCUUAACUGGUGUUAAGGGACCAGAUGGUAUGGGUAGUGGGUCAGUAGUAAUGGUGGGACAUUUUGCCCCAAUACCAGUUUUGAAGUUAAGACUAUGUUAUUCCCUCCACUAUUUAUAGUUCACCAUUCUCGGAUUUAGAUAUCUGUCAUUCAAAAAGUCCUGUAUAUAUAUAUAUAGAUUAACAUAUGGCCAUGUAUCUUAAUCUGAAUCAAUCGCUCUUUCAUAUAUAUUGGUUAAUUUUCUGCAUCGUUUUAUUCAGUGAUAGUAUCUGAAGCAAGAAUUUAAUUUAAUUUUUAUUCAUUUUAAAAAACGUAACAAUAAAUCAGCUUUUCUUAAAAUAGUUAUGCUGUCAGUACGAAAUUUCUUAUAAAAUAAGCGUGAUUUGCUAGCGAUACCUACAUAAUAUUUUAUACACCACCUUUAAAUUAAUUAUUAUUUUGUGUCAUCUGAUUUUACAUACAAUUAGGUAUAUUAACGUAAGAGUAAUGGGUUUAAAUUUUUUUUAAAUUAUCUAUUAAGAGAGAAAUAUUUUUGUCAUAUUACAUGUGAAACACACGUACAAAUAAAAGCUAUUAGCGAUGUAUGUUUUUCAACAAAUAUUCUGUUUCAUAUUGUUAUUAGUACGAGUAAAAUGAUAUUUUCGUUUCGUUUGUAAAGCUAUAUUGUAUCACAAACGAAAAAGAUUUCCACGUGUGUGUACUUAGGCCCCCCUCAGACUAAAAACUAAACAAACAAAACCUGUCAAAUCAUAAUAGUUCAGUUUGUAGGCACAAAUCACAACAAAUCGUUUGAUAUGAGGAAUUAUAUUCAUUUACGGAAAUUUACAGUCAGUUGAUCAAAAGUCUGCAGUCUGAGAGGUUAUUAGAGUGAGUUGCUUCGUGUUAUUUGAUGUGUGACAUUUCGUCAGUCGACUAAUCGUAGAUGUAGGUGUGAUGUGAGAAUUUAUUCAUAUUUUAGUAUAUCAUAGACUUAUCGAAUAGCCUUAUUCAAAUAGUGAGUUUAUAAUAUCUUCAACGAUUUAUAUCUUAUUGUUAGUGAAAUAUUAAAUCCCUCAUUACAUCUGUAAUUAGUCUAUUGAAUAUUUCAUAGUCGUCUUGUGCCAAUAUAAAUUGCUAGUUUCCUUUCGCUGUUUCUAUCAUAACUAAAUUAUUGUUAUUCAAUUUGAUAUAAAUUCAUCAACUCUUUUAUUGUUAACUUUGUUAUCAAUUAUAUUAAUUAUUAUUGAAUAUAUUUCAACUGUCCGUGUUUCAUUAAUUAGAUUGCAUAGAAUAUUAAUUAUUAUUAGUAAAGCAUUUAGUUAUUUAAUUAUGUUUUAAUAGGUUAUUAAUAAUACCGAUGUUUAGUUUUAUUUUAUUU